AUGAUCUCAAUGAUAUUAUUGAAACUUCAAAUGAAAUCACAUAGAUAUUCCGUAGAAGAAGAGAAUUUCUAUGAAAAUGAAUUGAUUACUUGUCCUCAAUUACAUUUCGGAAUUCGUUCAAAUGAAAAUCUUUUUAAAGAAAAUCCCAAAGGAAUUCUCGGUUUAGCGAUUAUCGGUGAACAUUAUCCAAUUGAAAUCAAUGAUUAUAUUCAAUUAAUUAAUUAUUUUCAAAAUAUUCAAUGGAUUUAUUUCGAUUCAAUUCAUAUUACAAAUCAACAUUUACUACCAAUUCUUCAUCUUUAUCCAUUAAAUUCAUUAAAAACAUUAAUUUAUAUGCGUUCAACUUUUUGUAAAAUUCAUCGAGAUUUUUUUGAAAAACUAUUUUUAAAUCAAAACAAUUUCAAAACAUUGAAAAUUAUGUAUGGAGAUUUGAUUUAUUAUUUAAAACAAUCGAAUGAAAUUCCUAAUGGAAAACAUAUUGAAAAUCUCGUUUUAUUUCUUUGUGGUGCUGAUGGACAAUUUCGGUUAAUUCAUUUAAAUUAUUUCAUUUUAACAUUUCCUUUAUUAAAAUCUUUAACAAUUGAAAUUAAUUCGAAAAAUUUAUUUCGGAAAAAUCAAUUGGAAAUUAUUAAAGAAAUUCUUCAUUCAUUUCAAUAUCUUCAAUCAUUAAAAAUUAUUUGUCGAAAAGGAAAUUUACAUUUUACUUCGUCAAUUAUUUCAAAUCUUUCUCAAUCAUUCGCAUCUUUCAAUGUAUUUCAAUCACAUUUUAUUCUUCAAUCGAAAUAUUUUGCAUUUUGGAAAUUCAAUUCCAAAUCAACAGACAAUUUUGCAUUUUAA